AGCCCCGCGCGGGCGGGCGGGAUGCCCCGCGGCCGCUGCACUUCGGCCGGAGCGCUGCCCUGAGACGGCCGGCCCAGCGAUCGGCGGGCGGGUGGGCGCUGCGGGCGCCAUGGAGCAGUGGCGGCAGUGCGGCCGCUGGCUCAUCGACUGCAAGGUCCUGCCGCCCAACCACCGGGUCGUGUGGCCCUCGGCCGUGGUCUUCGACCUGGCCCAGGCGCUGCGCGACGGCGUCCUCCUGUGCCAGCUGCUGCACAACCUCUCCCCCGGCUCCAUCGACCUCAAGGACGUCAACUUCCGGCCGCAGAUGUCCCAGUUCCUGUGUUUGAAGAACAUCCGCACCUUCCUUAAAGUCUGCCAUGACAAAUUUGGACUCAGGAACAGCGAGCUGUUUGACCCCUUCGACCUCUUUGAUGUCCGAGACUUUGGGAAGGUCAUCUCGGCCGUGUCGAGACUCUCCCUGCACAACUUGGCUCAGACCAAAGGGAUCAGGCCCUUCCCCUCGGAGGAGACCGCGGAGAAUGACGAUGACGUCUACCGCAGCCUGGAGGAACUGGCAGAUGAGCAUGACGUGGGGGAGGACAUCUACGACUGCGUCCCGUGCGAGGAUGAAGGGGACGACAUUUAUGAGGACAUCAUCAAGGUGGAGGUGCAGCAGCCCAUGAAAAUGGGCAUGACGGAGGACGACAAGAGAAACUGCUGCCUGCUGGAGAUCCAGGAGACGGAAGCCAAGUACUACCGGACCCUGGAGGACAUCGAGAAGAACUACAUGACCCCUCUGAGGCUGGUGCUGAGCCCGGCAGACAUGGCGGCCAUCUUCAUCAACCUGGAGGACCUAAUUAAGGUGCAUCACAGCUUCCUGAGGGCCAUCGACGUGUCCAUGAUGGCGGGGGGCAGCACGCUGGCCAAGGUCUUCCUGGACUUCAAGGAAAGGCUCCUGAUCUACGGGGAGUACUGCAGCCGCAUGGAGCACGCCCAGAGCACGCUGAGCCAGCUUCUCGCCAGCAGGGAGGACUUCAGACAGAAAGUCGAGGAAUGCACCCUGAAGGUCCAAGACGGGAAAUUUAAGCUGCAGGACCUGCUGGUGGUCCCCAUGCAGAGGGUGCUCAAAUACCACCUGCUCCUCAAGGAACUUCUGAGCCAUUCCACCGACCGGCCUGAGAGGCUGCAGCUCAAAGAAGCGCUGGAGGCCAUGCAGGACCUGGCGAUGUACAUCAACGAAGUGAAACGGGACAAAGAGACCCUGAAGAAAAUUGGCGAGUUUCAGAGUUCCAUAGAGAACCUGCAAGUGAAACUGGAGGAAUUUGGGAGACCAAAGAUCGAUGGGGAACUGAAGGUCCGGUCCAUAGUCAACCACACCAAGCAAGACAGGUACCUGUUCCUGUUUGACAAGGUGGUCAUUGUGUGCAAGAGGAGGGGCUACAGCUACGAGCUGAAGGAGAUCAUCGAGCUGCUUUUCCACAAGAUGACUGAUGACCCCAUGAACAACAAGGAUGUCAAGAAGUGGUCCUAUGGCUUCUAUCUAAUUCACCUUCAAGGCAAGCAAGGCUUCCAGUUUUUCUGCAAGACGGAAGACAUGAAGAGGAAGUGGAUGGAACAGUUCGAGAUGGCCAUGUCAAACAUCAAGCCAGACAAAGCCAAUGCCAACCACCACAGCUUCCAGAUGUACACGUUUGAUAAGACCACCAACUGCAAAGCCUGUAGGAUGUUCCUCAGAGGCACGUUCUACCAGGGUUACCUGUGCACCAAGUGUGGCGUCGGGGCACACAAGGAGUGCCUGGAGGUGACCCCUCCCUGCAAGAUCAGUUCUCCUGCAGACCUGGACACCUCUGGAGCAGGGCCAGGUCCCAAGAUGGUGGCCGUGCAGAAUUACCAUGGCAACCCUGCUCCCCCGGGGAAGCCGGUGCUGACCUUCCAGACGGGUGAUGUGAUUGAGCUACUGAGAGGCGACCCUGAGUCUCAGUGGUGGGAGGGUCGGUUGGUGCAAACCAGGAAGUCAGGUUACUUCCCUAGCUCGUCUGUGAAGCCCUGUCCAGUGGAUGGAAGGCCGCCCAUCAGCCGGCCGCCGUCCCGGGAUAUGGACUACACCGCAUACCCCUGGUUUGCCGGCAACAUGGAAAGGCAGCAGACCGACAACCUGCUCAAAUCCCACGCCAGCGGGACCUACCUAAUCAGGGAGCGGCCAGCCGAGGCCGAGCGCUUUGCCAUAAGCAUCAAAUUCAAUGACGAGGUGAAACACAUCAAGGUGGUGGAGAAGGACAGCUGGGUGCACAUCACCGAAGCCAAGAAAUUUGAAAGCCUCUCGGAGUUGGUAGAGUACUACCAGUGCCACUCGCUCAAGGAGAGCUUCAAGCAGCUGGACACCACGCUCAAGUACCCCUACAAGUCACGGGAGCGCGUGGCCUCUAGGGCCUCCAGCCGGUCCCCAGCAGUGUUUACGCCCCGCGUCAUCGGCACGGCCGUCGCCAGGUACAACUUCGCUGCCCGGGACCUGCGGGAGCUCUCGCUGCGAGAAGGCGAUGUGGUGAAGAUCUACAGCCGCAUCGGUGGGGACCAGGGCUGGUGGAAGGGCGAGACCAACGGCCGGAUUGGCUGGUUUCCUUCAACGUACGUAGAAGAAGAGGGCAUCCAGUGACAGCAAGAAUGCGGACAGGACUCGCGGAUUUUCUUGGAAGAGUCGCUCCAGUGCUGAAGUCUGUCUCCAGCUCUGAGACUCGGAGGG